UGCGCAGGCGCGGACGGACGGGGCGGGCCCGCUCCCGGCGGCGCUGGCGAUGGCGAUGACGAUGGCGGCGGCGGGCCUGGGACCCGGCGAGGCCGCCGCGGCCGCUCACGCGCUGUCGCUGCCGGCCGAGGCCUUCGGUAACGACCCCCGCGUGGAGCUGGCCUGGGCCAUGAAGGCUCACCAGCACGCCCAGGUCUACUUCAACCUCAUCUCCUCCGUCGACCCCAAGUUUUUAAACCUCACCAAAGUCGACGACCAGAUCUACAGCGAGUUCAGGAAAAGCUUCAAGGAUCUUAAAAUCGACGUGCUCGACCCAGAAGAGCUCAAAUCGGAGCCCGCCAAGGAGAAGUGGCGGCCGUUCUGCCUGCGGUUCGAGGGGGUGGUGGAGGAUUUCAACUACGGCACCCUGCUCCGCCUGGACUGCCGCCAGGGCUACACCGAGGAGAACACCAUCUUCGCUACUAGAAUCCAGUUUUUCGCCAUCGAAAUCGCUCGGAACAGGGAGGGCUGUAACAGCGUGGUCUACGGCAGCGCCAGGGAGCCGGCGGUUGAGGACGCGGCGUCAGGGUGAGGAUGGGCCGAAAACCCCCUCCAUCUCCUCCACCUCUGCCCCCCAUUUACAGACUGUAAAUAAAUAUUUUUAAAAAAUAAUAACAACAGUUCCUUGUGCAGCAGGUGUUGAAAGGGCUGUUCCCUAGAACAGACCCAAAAUGUUGAAGAGUGUCGCCGAAUCCGCUUUGAUUUUGGCUAAAGCUUUGCCCGUCCCUUGUGCCAGAGUCGCAUCUACCCACACAAAUGAAAUAUGGGUUUUUUUAACCCCUUUUUAUUUGGAAAACUCACCCCCCCGCCCCCCGCGGUGCAGGCGAUGGCCAGGCAGACACGGCUCAGUAGAAACCAUUGAAGUUUUAUUUGCAGUCACAAUGCUUACACUGUAUGCAGCAAACACCCUUACAAGUCAACCAGCAAUCUGCUCACGCGAGGAAAAAACAAAACAAAACAAAACAAAAAAAAAGGACCCAACACACAAUCGCCAGAGGAAAGAAAAACCGAAAAAAAAAAAGAAGAAAAAAAAAGAAAAAAAAAAGAGAAAAAAAUAAA